CCGCUGGCUUACGUCGAAUGGUUUACUCCUUUUCAUGCAAAGGAUACAGUGACUGGUAUGUAUAUAAUAUCACACUCAAUGCGGCAACACUACAGGUAUGCUGCCAUGAUUCCCAUUACAGAAAUUGUACGUACUUGUCACUUGAUUCCAGUCUGGGGCUCUGAA